UCGUUAUUUUUAGCUCUUUUCGCUCACAAUUUUCCGAGCAGCGGUCCUGAACGGUCCGGCUCCGUAAUUUGCUAGGCGACUGCGAGAAAAAUUUUUCGAUUCUAUUUGCCCUUAAAUGGGCUAAGUGAAGGCACGAUCUCGGUUCAAUCAGCUGAUGCAUUUUCGAAAAUAAUAAUCGUUGAUUGGUGGAGUGAUAAACGUGGCUGGACUUCAAACGACAACGACCAUGUGUGGCAGCUCUUGGAAAGGGUGAAAAUACUUUCCCCGUGAACGAACAUCAAAAAUAAAACGGAAAAUCAGAAGGAAAUGUGAUACUGUGUGUAUAUAAGUGAGAAAGUUUAAAAUUAUUUUAGGUGCUAAAACGGUGACUGAGCAUCUGUGGUUCGUGACAUCAGUGAACGGUGACGGCAUCGCAUGGUUCGCAUGAAUUAGAACAUCCUAAACGGUAGAAAAUGGAUCCCAAAUCGGAUGUUCCUGUGGUGGCCCGACGGCGAAGGAAAGUGGCUCGUCAGCUGCGUGAGUCAACGCCGGAUCCAUCGCAGAGGGGGGCAGUCACCGAUGGAAGCCAAAGUCAAGUAUCAGAUGAUCAAAGUGGAUCGGAGGGUAGAAGCACCGGUCAGAGCACAGUGGAGUCGAGUCCCCGUAGCUCGGUAAAAAGUAAGAAAAGUUUUAUCGAACGAGCAAUGGAAUACAGCAGCCAUCAUAACAAAAUCCUCAGCAGAAAGGACAAAAAGCUGACGGUUGUAGCAGCGAGAAGCCGAUCGGUACCGCGCGACAGCGAGGAGGUUCCCAGCAGUCCGGAGAUUUUCUCGUUGCUACGUCGUGCCAAGAAGAGUUUGUCUUCGUCGCGCAAACCCAAAACAGACGAUUCCAGCGAUGGCGGUAAAGUGUCGGACACCGAGGUUCGCAAACGUCGUGAACGAAUCGAACGUUACCAAUCGGAGCGAGUCAAAGACGGCGAUCCAAAGUCGUCACAGCUCCAAAACAAUCUCUCACGCUUCAACGAAGAACGACGCAAAUUUGAGUUGGAAAAACUCAAAUUUCUACAGGAGAAACGAGAACUGGACCGGAUGAGGCUGAGGCGGUUUGAAAAGUAUCGCGAAGAAAUGUUGGAGGAACAGCGAGCUAAGUUGCAGGUCGAGCUACGAAACCGGGAACGUGAAGAGCGAUCCAAGAGUAUUGAAGCUCCGAUUCUGCCUCCAGCACCACCAACGAGAUCCAAAACACCUGUGUCGCCUGCAGCGACCAGAAAGAAAAUUUUAAUUAUUCCAAAAACGUCCAGCCCAUCGGCCUCGAGCAGCGAAGAAGAAGGGAACAUCACAAGCGACGAGGAGAAGACAACUACCAUUAGAAGGAGAUUUUCUCCUAGAAAACCUAAAAGGCCCAGAUCUACGAAGCUCGAUAUAGCUCAAUCAAAAACGCCAGAGCCCGCGACUUCCCCUGAACCUGAGUCAGAGCUUCCCUCGGAUUUUCCGCCUGAACCGGAACCUUCGGAGGAGGCGCCAAUUGUCACAGCAGAGGUUGAAUCGGCUGUUGCGGUUGGCGCAGAACCGAUAAUUGUGCCGGAGCAAGCGAAAGAAGCGGAAAUGGUACUAACCCAGAGGAAAGUUGCGAAAACUGAUAAAGAUGAUGUCAAAGAGGAAUCAGACAACAAGCUAGUUGUUGGAGAGGAAAAGGCUGCAGAGGAUCAUACGGCAGAUGAAAAGAAAGACUUGGCAGAUGUUAGCGAUAAGAAAGUCGAGGGACCUAAAGAGAAGAAGCGCAGGCGAGCGCUGUUGAUUUACGUUGAGAAAAAGGAUGACUUGUUUACUUGGAGCGAAAUACUGAGCGAAAUGAAAGACUUCUGGUUAGACUUUUUAGAUGAUAAUCCCUUGGAAAUCCGAAGAAUGAGGUUGCAGGUUAAUGAGUGUGUGUACUAUUUUGGAGUAAUGGUGAUGCUAUGUGGAAUUGGUGGCGUUAUAUUUAGAGUCACCGAAGGUACAUUCGAGUCACAAUACAAAUGUGGCGUUAAAAGAGUUAAGCGGGAUUUCAUCGAUCAGCUUUGGGUAUCCAGUCAUAGUCAAAGGGAGGAGGACUGGAAACAGACUGCUAGAGCAAGAUUGAGGAAAUUUGAGGAAGAGUUGCAGGUUGCAUUCGAAGCUGGAAUGAAAACCUAUAGUGGCAAUACGGCAUGGAAUUUUAUCAACGGCGUGAUCUAUUCUUUGACUGUGGUGUCAACAAUUGGAUAUGGCCACAUAUCACCAUCUACAACGACGGGUCGAGCGUUGACCAUCAUAUAUGCUAUCAUUGGUAUUCCCAUAUUUCUUAUAGUUCUUGCCGAUUUUGGCAAAUUGUUUACUAGAGGGAUCAAAUUUUUAUGGGCAUACGUCCGACGGUUAUACUAUACGGGAUCUAUUCGCAAAGUGCGAAAAACAGCUCAAGUAAAGGAGGUUAUGAAAGGACUCAAUGUUGUGUACGACAUGGUCAGGCGUCCCAGCGGUGAACACGAACUACAACCGACCAAUACGCAGGGCACAGAUCUGCCUCAGCCUUCCACUUCAGUGGAAGCACCUCCAACAUGCGAAUCACCGGCUACUCCCGUCCCCGAAACGUUCGAAAUCGAUGACGAAUUCAAUCUUCCAAUAUCAAUUGCAAUCUUUAUACUCGUUGCUUAUAUGCUUUUUGGAGCAACCAUUUACUACACGUGGGAGAAUUGGUCUUUCUUCGAGGCUUUCUAUUUUGUGUUCAUAUCGAUCUCAACUAUCGGAUUCGGAGACUUCGUCCCCCAGCAUCCCAUCUACAUGAUGUGCAGCAUUCUCUACUUGAUUUUCGGCUUGGCUUUGACAUCCAUGUGCAUCAAUGUUGUUCAGCUGAAAUUGAGCGAUAGCUUCCGACAGGCUAGUGCUAAGAUUGGAGCGACCAUUGGAUUGCAAAUGGCUGAAGCCGCUUCUUUACAGCAAUCGCAAUCGCAAUCUCACAUGCACACCCCGGUGGAGCUGAACGCGGUACACACGAGUACCCCGACUAGCGCGAACGUCGGUCCGGAACAAACUCUUCCUCCCCUGAAUGGCGAUGCAACCCAAGUGCUUCCAGAAAAAUCUGAUAAAAUAAGCAACAUUGUUGCUAAUGAUAGCAAGAAGUAGGUAACAAAGUUGAAAGCGGAUUUAAUCUCGAAUGUUGACUGAAUAUCGAAUGGAAGUUGUGUGAAAAUGAAUUAAUUAUUAGCUGUUAAAACUGCGAUAGUUCUUUCCGGUGUUAAUGAAUCUAUUUUCCUAGAAUAAGCGAAUAUGCCAUGCACAAUCGCCAUAUUAGCCAAUAAGCGCCUUGCGAAAAUGAAUUUCAUGAAAUUUUUACAAUCUGUAGUUAUUAAGAACAAAAUGUACCAAACUCAACAAAUGAAUUAUAUUUUUGAACUCUUCGUCUUAGUUAGAAUAUGGAAAAUUAAAAUUACCAUUUUUGCUGAUUGACUCGUGAUUAAUGCAACAGUGUGUUUGAUAGAACUUUGUUACAUGACAUAGGAAUAUAGCGGCAGCGUACUAAACCAGAGGAGGCAUAAAGCGAAGGAUGCUAGCUUUUACAAUGAAUUGUUAAACAUUAUUUUUGAAGUUUUGCCAGUGCUGAAUGAAAAUAAAAUCGAAAUAAAUAGUAAA